UCCACUGCCGCCGUUCGUGGCUGUCCGAGGAGCCUUUCUUCGUAUUGUCGGCGUUAUCCAAGUCAAACCCCUUGUUCGCUGUCUUCUUCCUCGCUCGGCCCAUCCUCCAUCGGAUUCGUCCUGCUCGCGGUCGUCCUGUCACAGUCGUCGUCGUCUCGUCGCCUUCUCGAAGGGAAAACGGAUGGAGCUUUUGUGCAUCAAACAAUGGAUAAGUGGCCUUCUUCCAACCGCUAUUCUUUAAAAGCUGCUUUGAUGAUUAACUAUAACCCAGUUAUACCAUCUCUCUGUCUACCAUUUCUUGAUUUACUAAUUGAAAUCAUGUCAAUUAAAGAGAAGUGGCUUAGUGCAUGGUGCAUAAAACCUGUUGGUGGAGCACUUGUUAGGCAGGAACCAGAAUAUAUCUUACUAGCCUUGAUGGGUUCGCCGUUGAAGAAGAUCAUGCUAUGCAGUUCGGAAAAGGAGAUUUUCAAUGUGGAAGAACAAGUGAUGGUGCAACAUUCGGUGAUCAUAAACAACAUGAUCGAAGAUGGGUCGUACAACCAUGAAGAGAGCAAGAUUCCAUUGGAUUGCGUUGACUCCAAGACUCUCAAGAAGGUCAUCGAUUAUUGUACACACCACACUCACCACCAGAAUGACAACCAAGAAGAUCUUGAGGCUUGGGAUGCUCAAUUUCUCAAUGUUGAUUCUAACGGCCUUUAUGAUUUGUUGAUGGCAGCAAAUUAUCUUGAGAUUAGAAAUCUCUUGGAUCUGAUAUAUGGAACUAUAAAGAAUAUGAUAAAGGGAAAGAAAAUAGAUGAGAUACGCAGAAUCUUCAACAUCAAAGAUCAUGGCUUCACUUCUGAAGAGGAAGAACAAAAUCGCAAGGAGUACCCACAUUUUUAUUAGAGCAAAUCUUGUCUACUCUAAUUUUAUUUGUUUUAAAUUUUUUUCUAUAUGAUGAUCAACACCUAGUAUUCAAUAUGGGGAUGUUAGAAAGUGUUUUGGUUCUUUUGAUAUUGUACCAUUUUCUUUUCAAUUGUAUAUUUAGUUAAACCUUUUUUAUUGUCAUCAUUUUAUUAGUACUUAAUUUAGUUUUAUUUUCUUUAAUUUAAAAUAUAAAUCCGUUGACCUAUA